GGGCUAAAAAAUUAUGCAAACCGGAAGUGGUGGAUUAUCUAGCGGAAGUCGGUGUUUGACCCUCAACGCAGCAGCCAUUUUGGUCAAAAUAUUAAACUGCAGCUCAGACACACUUUACCUUCAUCAUGUGGUAUGAAAUAUUGCCUGGAUUUGCUAUAAUGACUGUUUGUUUGAUCGUUCCUGGAGUUGCAACUUCUCAAAUACAGAAAUUUACUAACGGUAGAAAGGAGAAAAGAAUCGCAAGAGUUCCUUACCAGUGGUACCUGAUGGAAAGAGACAAGAGGGUGUCAGGGACUGGACUGUAUUACCAGUCAAAGGGACUUGAAAACAUUAAAUGAAGAUCAUACCAUACCCCUGUCCCUGUCCAAAAGUUUUGCAGCGUGCAUUUUGACCAGCCAUCUAUUAAAAUAAUGUAUAUAUGA